UGUGUGCGCUUGUGUGUUUGCGAGGCGGAGAGUUGCGUGCGAAGAGCUCGACAUGUCAUUCAGAGGAAUCUGCCACCUGAAACGCGAGGAAGUGAAGGCGACUCCAUUGUGGUAUAAAGCAUCAGGCAACAUCUGCAUGGACGCAGUGCAAAGCCCAUGAAGCUCUCUUAAAGACCUCCGCCAUCCAUUUGAUUUCCCGUGGAUUUAUCACUUUGGAGUGGGUGCACCCUGCAAGACGCAUCUGUCUUUUUUUUCUUUCACUUCAUGUGACCACACCGAAACAUUAUACUGGACUUAACUGGCAUCCACGGAGUAACCGGCGCACCUGUUACCUGCACGGAGCGCAAGACCAUGAUCCCCCCUGGAGACUGCAUGUACGCGGGCAGAAAGCGGAGGAAGCCCAUCCAAAAGCAAGCAAGACCAUCAGGGCUCGGCCAGCUGACAGUGAAGCCGUCCUCUGCUAACGAGAAAACAAACCCGUCCAAGCGGCACCGGGACAGGCUGAACGCCGAGCUGGACCGACUGGCCAGCCUGCUGCCGUUCCCCCCGGAUGUCAUCUCCAAACUGGACAAACUGUCCGUGCUGCGUCUCGCUGUCUCCUACCUCCGCGUCAAGAGUUUCUUCCAAGCGAACCAAGAUAAGACGCCGAGGAAGCACAUCAUCAACGCUGCAUCUUCCAACCCUGAACCCAGGAAAGAGAGCAUUCCAACAGGCACCGCCGUCAAUGAAAGUGGCCUCCUCUUGGAGUCUCUGACAGGAUUCGCCUUGGUGGUGAGCAGUGAUGGGAUGGUGUUCUAUGCCUCGUCAACCAUUGUGGACUAUCUGGGAUUCCAUCAGACGGAUGUGAUGCACCAGAAUGUGUUUGACUACAUCCACAUAGACGACCGCCAGGAGUUUAGAAGCCAACUGCACUGGGCCAUGUGUCCUCAACAGCACCAGGGGGCAUCAGCACAUCAGGACACUCAGCUCACUGCAGGGACUGGUGAUGACUUUGCGGUGAGCAGCCUGUUCCACUCUCCAGAGGCGGGGGGCAUUCCUGCCGAGCUCUCCUGCUUUCUAAACAGAUGUUUCAUAGCGAGGGUUCGCUGUCUCUUGGACAGCACAUCUGGAUUCUUGACAAUGCAGUUUCAGGGUAGGCUGAAGUUUCUCCACGGGCAGAAAAAGAAGUCAGCCUCCGGAGCUCCGCUUCCUCCCCAGCUGGCUCUCUUCUGCAUAGCUGUACCCCUUCUACUCCCCUCCAUUACCGAGAUGAAAAUGAAGAACAUGCUAAUGCGGGGAAAGAACAAGAGCGGAGGAGGCAUUAUCUCUACACUGGAGCAUGGAGAACGAGGGGAACACCUCCGUAGGCACUCCUUUAGUGGGGGAAUGGGCGAUGUAGCAGACCCUCUCCUCCUCUCCUGUCCAACCCCUGGGGGCACCCAAAGGGGCCACCACACUCCUUGGACCCCACUCACCAAAGACAACCUCAAGUUCCGCCCUGAUGGCUACUAUAACCAAGAGGAGCCUCUCAACUUCUGCAAGUCGUCCAUGUCUUCCCAUAAGGGCCUCAGUCCAGGAUUGGGGAGCGGUUGGCCUUUGCGGCCAACCUCCGGGCCCCUCAGAGGGGGCCAGGGUGUCGGUUACAUCCCUUCUAACCGCUUAAACAAGGCUGGCCAAUAUGGGAAGCCGUACCGUCUUUCUCCCAGCUGCCAUAGCAGCAGGAAUGGUGAGGUGUUUGUGUCCAAGCUCUACGGGAACCUCCAGAUUCCUGCGGACCCAGACCCCUACUGCGUGGAUUUAGUGAAAAGCGAGAACGGUUACGGCGAAUGCUACGACGGCCACCUGAUGCCCGAGAUGCCCCCCAUCAAAGUAGAGCACGACUCAGACUCUGAGAAUGGCUGCGAUCCUUAUGGCCGACCUUGGGCAAACCGGGAUCCGGAUGUUAUGGACCGUCGCUACGGUAACGGGAUAUACGACCAGAGCUCCGGCCUCCAACUGAAAUCCGAGGCUGAUUAUUACGAUCUGCAGUACUCACCCUGCCAGCGGGGCAAAGCAGGCAUCAGCCCACCGUACAACAGCGGCAACUUUCAGAACUAUGCAGUUAACAACAGCGGACGUUUGCUGAAAUGCGACAAAGACUUGGGCAACAACGACAACGGCCAAUUUAGCCCUCAGAGACUCUCUCACACCCAAUGCAGUAAUCAAUCAGUCAACCUCAUCGACUCGCACGUCUACCAACAGGAGCCUCAAAAGGCCUACUUGCACCAGGACUUCAACAAGCAUUAUGAGUUCAAAGGUCACGGGCUGAUCCAUUCCAUCAAGCGAGAGCCCAUGGACUCCCCGCCGUGGUCCGAGGGCGGCCACGACAUGAGCAAGGCCAUGACGGUCGGUCCGAGGAACGUUAUGCCGUGUGUGAGCACGGGGCACCACAAAUCAAGCCCUUUCAUUUAUAUGCCCUAAAAAUGUGUUGUGGCCCCUUCCCCAACCCCGUCAUCAACCACACACACACACACACACACACACACACACACACACACACACACACACAAUGUAGAGUAGUAUUCUUGUUUUCCCUGCACAUUUACCAGCAUGAAAAUGCAGGAUGUCAACAUUCUUCGCUUUGAUGAAGAGGUGACAAAACAGGCUCAGGUUCUCAUGUUAGUGUUUUGACAAUCAAAACUCAUAUUUUGGCUUGUUGAUUUUGUCUUUUCUAGUUGGUUCCAAGCACUUUUGGAGUAGUGGAAUCAUGUGUAGAAGCACCGCUUAUUUCAUGUGUUGCGCAUUCAUGUGUUUGGACAUUUUGCUCUCACGUUGUUACACCAAUGUCAACUUGGUACACAGGAGAUGACUCACCUCUGACACUGGGUUUUCUUCAAGGGAGAUUACGUUGGAACAUGCUUGAAGAGCUAUUGGAUAUUGGUGGAGGUUUUGCAUGUUUCAGCACUUAAGCUACAAAUUGCCCACACGAAUACUGCACGAGUACUGAAAAAUGAAAACACAGUGCAUCAAUACCUGCUGGAUAAGAGGUAGAAUAACAUACAGUGGAUCCUCUGAGGUUUAACACCUUCACUGGUCAACCCGACGUUGUUAGAAUUUACAAACACUAUUUCUUACUGGAAAUUAUGGAAAUGAAAAUACAUCGCAAGACAGUGACAGCAGUGAGGGCAAAUGCAGUAAUGUAAAUGUAAAGUCAACAUCCCUCAGAUUGCUUGACUCACGUCGGCAUAAGCAGUUGUUAACAUAAGUGAAAUGAGCGUUGAUCAUGCAGAGCAGGGGUGUCCAAACUUUUUCCACCAAGGGCCACAUAUUGAAAAAUGAAAAGAUGCAGGGACGCUUUCACAUUUUUUAAAACCAGCCCAUGUAGACAUGCAGAGAUGUUUUUUUUUUAUAUUUAAAGAAAAAACAGCCUGUAUCUCAGCUUUUUCUCCCUACAUUACACUGUUUUGUUGUUUUUCUUUUCACAAAUAUUUCAGCUUUAUCCUUUUUUCAUUCAUUUAAAUUUUUUCGCAGACAUUAAUGACUUUAUUCUCAUAUUUUUUGACUUUGUUACUGUAAUAUUAGAACUUUUUCACAACCUACUUUUGUUUUGUUUGUUUCCCAUUUUACGACUCUUUUCCUCUUCAGCUUUUUUUCUAAUUCCAACUUUUUUCCUCCUAAUAUUAUGACUAUACGCUCUUUUUCUUCUACAAUUACAUUUUUGCGGUUGUUUUUUUAAAUUUUCUUGUUAAAUUUGCCAAGGACCAAUAAAAAAAAAAGCUGUGAUCCAUAAAUGGCCUCCAGGCCGCACUUGGGACACCCCUGAUGUAGAGUGUACUUUUGGACAUGCGCAAAUCUUAGGCUAACAUUUUUUUAGAAUAUGUAAAUGGGUGCAUUUUAUUCAUUGCGGUAGUAGAAUCCAGGUUAAUAUGGCAAUGCUUUUAUUCUGAAGCUUACGUUGCACUGAACAGGAAGUCACAGCGUGCACAUUUUAAUGCUAUAUAACAAGACAAUAGUUAAGCUGCUUAGCAAAAAUUAUGAUGUUAAUAUGACAAUACAUUUCAACAUAAACAGACCCUUUAUAUAUAUAAAAAAAAGCAGUCAGCCAUGUACUGUAUGCCGAUGUCGACUUGAGCAGGCACUUUCUUGUAAUACAAAGAACACGGCAGACCAGGAUUUGACAAGAUCGAUUUUUCAUAGAGCCAUGUAAGUCAACUGUAUAUGUCAAGGUCGACUUAAGUGGACACUUUUAGUUAUAAAGAAGACGACGGUGGACCAGGACUUCAUGAGUUGGUCAACAUGGACAGGUUGUCGACAUACAGUAACGGGACCGAUGUAAACAGGUUUCACUGUAGCAUGUAGCUCAAAGCAUAAUGGCUAAUGAUUGAUCGGAGAAGCUUGUCAAAAAACAGUUUCCUCUGUUAUGUCUGUCAGGCGUGUUCACAUUGGAAGCUUUACUUUUAGCGUUAUAGUGGUGGUUAACAAUUUGAGCUGGGAAUGGAGUAAAGUCCUCCCUCGCCACUUCAUGCUUCGAAUUUCACGGCUUCACUCUAUUACGUUUUUUUUCCCAAAAUAUAUUAAUUAAUAAAUCGUGCGGUUUCGUGGUUCAAUAGGGCCUAUUACAGUAUUAGUCAAAAAAUAUGAGUAUCGACGUAAAUGUAACAAAUUUUUUGCCUACACUAAGCAUUUUCAUGCAUCAAAAUGGCUAAAUUAACUAAAAUACAAUUACAAGGCAUUCAAAAGACGCUUUCAAAAAUGCUGAGGAAAUGUAGUAUUCUUCAUUAAGUGUCAGUAGUGUUACUGUAAUGUACGGUGAGACACACAAGCACCACACUUGAUCGUCGGAACAACAGGCAAGAGACAAAAUAAUCCCUCAUAAAAAUCCCUCCUAAAAACACAGGCUACUUUUGCGUCAUUACCCAUGGAUAGCGGAAGCUCAACUGUGAACCCCUGACGUCACUUCCUGUCUGCCUCUCUUUCAGGUGCCCUAGAAACACAUUUAGAGUAACACAGGAGCGCAAGUCUUAUUUAUGUUUUAAAUGGUUAUUUACUCCUAUUUGGUCUAAUAUAAUGUCUACAGGGAUUUAAAUGAUGAUAUAAAACAUAUUUAGAAGGUCGUAAACAGGUUUUCUAUGCUCUAACUACUCAAAUAUUCCAUUCAUAAAUAAGGAAUCCGACUUUAUGUCUGGAACCAAUUAACUGUGAUAAAUGAAGGGUUAGUGUAUUCAUAUUUCCAUUCUUCCAAUGGGAAGAAUUGUUUUUAAAUAAGAACAACUCGGAUCUCGAGCAACAUUACGACCUUAGAGGUUCCACUGUGCAAAAGCCUGACAGUAUUGCAAAGUGCAUGCAGUUUGCAGUUAAUUGAUAAAAACAUGUAAAGUGUAACAGAAGAGCUACAAGUAUUUUUUACUACUACAACUACAUCGAUUUAUCAAUCAAAACAAUAUAGAAGCAGCUUGUUUUCCAUCUAUUGACAGUAUGGGAGCACGUAGCCAGAAAGGCCAGAAACACAAAACCAACGAGUGAGUGUGUUCAGUGCUGAAUCUCUACAUAUGCAAAUUGGUUACAUUAAAAGAAUACAAAUCCUGUAUCAAAUUGGAUUAAAAGGCAAAAUAUAAAAUGUAUCUCGCGCAGGGGUGUCCAAAGUGCGGCUCGCAGCUCAUUUUCAUUGGCGUGGCAUAUUGUAAAAAUACAAAUUAUAAAAAAAAAAUGGGAAAAAGGUGGAACGUAAGGAGAAAAAGCAGAAAAUGUUGACAGUAAUAUAUUUUUUCUUUAAAUACAUAUAACGUCUUUGGAUAUUGAAUUGGUUUUAAGCUUUUUUU